AAUUAUGAUAUAUUUUUUUCAAUAACUCGAUUUGACCAUUUCCUAAUGUUGUGGUUCAUUGCAAGAAAAAAGUAGAUUUUUUUUUUAAAUGGCAGUUUCUUUUUCUGGGUUUCCGUGGUGGUUUCGGAGCGUUGGGAAUAAAGAUAAACAGCUUAUUUCAAAUGGGUCUUCUUUGAAUUCUUCAUCGUCCUCUUCUGACACUGUUAAAUUCCAAACAAAGAUAGCCCCUUCAAAAGGAAAGUGGCCAGGUGGUGAAAAGACAAGGGUGGUUCAAUCGGAUGGUUUGCUUUUAUCUGGAUAUGAAUCUGAUGGUCCAGAAUGGUCCAUUGGAUGGGAAGAACCCCAUGGUCCUGGUUUUCAAGUUGAUGACGAUGAUGAUGGUGGAUUUGCUGUGCUGGUUCCUUGUUACAAGCCUGGUUGCAAAGAACUUGUACAAGGCCCUAGUAACCAGCUCUUGUGUGCAAUCAAGAACCUCUCCAAUGGUUUCUCUUCUGAGGGAAGCGACUCCAUCCAGCAGUGGUUUCCUAUUAUGUAGAUGAAAUCUCCCAUAAAUGUUUCAGCCGAUAGAACUGUUGAAGUAAUCAUAUUUAUAGUAUAUGAGA